AUGGCACAUAUACCUGGCUCAUCACUGUCACCACUAUCUCCACCUUCACCUUUCCAACAUCCAGAUCAAAAGACGGUGUAUGAUGUCAUUUAUGCAGACAGUAAUCCAUCUCACUUUUACGGUGAAUCACACUUGAUCCAGACCGGAGCUUGCCCUCAUCUGACAAGGAUCAAGCAAAAAUACAAACAGGAAGGAGAGGACGAAAACAGUAUACUCGAAAACUACCGGUCACUUAUUCAGUAUUCCAUUUCGUGGCAUAAAAGUAAACAAGAAGUAGAAAAGAAGAGAAAGCAUCGAAAAGAACUACCUUUCCCCAAAUGCAGUGUCUGUUCUGAUCCGUUGUCUCGUUUGCAUGCAUGUCUCCAUUGUGUCUUUAUGGGAUGUUGGCGAAAAGGGCAUAUGAAGGAGCAUCAAAUGGAGAAGAAGCAUUGUUUUGCCGUAGACUUUGAUCGACAUACUAUAUUUUGCUGUGAAUGUAACGACUACGUCUACGAUGUAGAAAUAAAUGAAAAGAUCACUAAAGCAGAGAUUGUUUCAUCGAGAUCAAGAAGAAAAAAGCAGCGGGUGCAAUAUACUCUAUGGGAACCCACUGAAAAAGAUAUAUCGACAAUUGUAAACAACUCAGUCAUUGCUUCCUGCCAAGGCCUUCGUGGGCUUUGUAACAUGGGAAAUACAUGUUUUAUGAAUGUCAUCUUACAAAGCCUAGUACAUAAUCCUAUAUUGAAAGCUUAUUUCUUAAGCGAUAAACACAACUCAAAGCUUUGUAAACGACAAUAUUGUAUGUGUUGUGAAAUGGAUGAUCUAUUUAUACAGCUAUACUCAGGAAAUAAGCAACCAUAUGGUCCAUGUCGUUUUCUACAGACCAUGUGGAUGAGCUUAAAAGAGCUAGCAGGAUACGCACAACAGGAUGCCCACGAGUUCUUCAUUAGUGCUUUGAACAAUAUUCAUGCAGGCUGUGAAGAAAGCAAGUUAUCUAACUGCGAAUGCAUUAUACAUAAAACCUUUUCAGGACUACUCCAGUCCACUGUCACAUGCCUACGGUGUAAAAACACAACGACAACAUAUGACCCAAUGCUGGACAUUAGCCUAGGGUUAAAAGCACCAGAGAAAAAGAAGAAGCAUUUGGGUAACGGACGAAGACAUAGCCAUGAAGAUCGUAGGCAUGGAAACACACUUGCUGAUUGCCUCGAAAGAUAUACACAACCGGAAAGAUUAGGUACAAAUGUGUAUAGCUGCAGUAAAUGUGGAAAUAGCUUCCAGGAGGCAACAAAACAACUGUCUAUAAAACGAAUACCACCAGUACUCAGUAUCCAACUAAAGAGAUUUGAGCACAGUACCUCGAUAAGCAAGAUAGAAACCAAGAUAAAGUUCCCUGUUGAUCUUGACUUGACACCUUAUACCGCUAGUAAAAAUAAGAAUAGCGGCAAUGUCUAUACAUUGUUUGCAGUAGUGAACCACCAUGGGAAGGUAGAUACAGGACAUUACACCAUGUUUGCCAAGCAUAGGAACGAGUGGUUUAAAUUUGAUGAUCAUAGUGUCACAUUUGCAUACCAAAAAGAUGUUCUUGAUAGUAAAGCUUACAUGUGCUUCUACAUCAAAAAGUCACUAGAGUUCUCUGAUAACAGCCUCCAAAGUUUUUUCUAA